AUGUUGCCGCUGUUUCUGCUCCCCACCCUCCCGUCGAUCCCGCCGAUGGCGCCGCUGGUGGCGCGCCACCCGCCGCUGGCGCCAGCGAUCCCCACCACCUCGCCGGCGCCGCUGGGGGCGCUGCCCGCGGUCAACCACACCACCUACCAACCCCAGGCAGCCCCCGCCACCAACAGGGCGCCCGAGCCCUCAGUACCGUCGCUGGGCCACCCGCUGCCCCUUGGAUCGCUGAAGAACCCCGCCAUCGUCAACUUGCUCAACCUGGGCCCCGACGCCAGCGUCUACUUGCUGGCGGACGACCUUAAUCUCUUGGCCGAGGACUUGAACAAGAUGCUCACCGAUAUCGUCGUCGACGGCGUCGACCCGGCGCUGCUUCCCGAGAUGCUGAUGAUGCAGCCCCAGCCGCUGCCGCUGCUGGUCCCCGAACACAACUUGCCGUUGUCAUACAUCAAAGUCACUGCGCCGCACGAGAAGCUCUAUUUGGAGGAGUUCUACUCCGAGUUCGCCGCCAUCGUGCUUCCGUUGCCGGCGUGGGACGCGCAGUUGCGCCAGUACUAUAACCCGGCGCGCGACAUCAUUUUAAAGCUCUCUGCCAACGAGCCUUUUUUGAUGGCGGCGGUGCUCGCCGAGGGCGCUAAGCUGCUGUUUAAAAAGAACAACUUAAAGGACGACGACGACGCCUACCGCCGCUACUUAAGCAAGUGUCUUAGCCUUUUAGGGCCGGCGAUGCGGUCGCUGAACGCCACCUUGACCCAUAACGUUGAGGCAGUGCUUGUCACCGUGUUGCUUCUUACGCUGGACACGGCGCUGAACGCGGCGCCCGACUGGCGGCCCCAUUUGCGCGGGGCGCGCGACCUUUUGCUCAAACUCGCGCGCCAGCGAGUGCGGCUGACGCCGGUGCUCGUGUUUUGCAAGACGUGGUUUGUCGCCAUCGAGGUGCUUGCUGGGAUCUCGCUGCGUGGUGGCGGGACUUUAGCCAACGACGAGAUCGACUUGUUGCUCACCCCGACGCCGUACGAGGACGAGAUGCUCCGCGGCCUCGGCGUGUUGCGCGCCAACGGGUUUAAUAUCUUCACCGGCGCCCACCACGACACCAUCCCGUUGUUCCGCGACCUCACCAAGGCGCUCGCCGAGCGCCGCCGCCGCCGCACCCUCAACAAGUCGUUGGAAGGGUCGUGGGACCACAUGCGCCUCUUCACCGAGUUCUGGAACCAGCUCCAAGUGAGCUUCGUCACCCGCCAGGGGGUGUGCACCGUCCAGGAGUACCAGGCGCAAGCAGAAACCACCGCCAUCCCCGAGGGCGCCCUCGUCGACGUGUUGCGCUCGCAAGUAAUGGUGCUGUGGAUGGACGUCUCCCACCAGCUGUUCAUGCUCGCGGCGCUCAUCACGCUCUUGACCAAGUUCUUUGGCGAGCUGCAUACGCUGCCCCAGGUCCAGUUACUCACCAACGAGCUCACGCGCUUCUUAUCAGUGCUCAGCGAGCCCCAGCUGCACCGCGAGCUCAUAAAGUGCCUGUUGAUGAUGAUCUCGUGGCCGAUGUACGUGGCAGGGUUAAACUGCCACGACGAGCAGCAGAAGUACUUGUUGAUGAAGUACUUCCGGGCGACGGCUGAAGGCGGCUCGGGCACGGCUCAGCACGCGCUCGACCGCGUCUACUCGACGUGGAAAAACCACAAACAAGGCAUCGACGUCGACGACGACGACGACGUCGACCGUCUCGACAUCGUCAGCUAUUAG